AUGGCAGACAAGCACCAUAGAAGUCGCUCCCGUUCGCGCUCACCCUACCGCGAUGUCCACCCGGACAAACACCACCAUCAUCGCCAUCGCUCGCGCUAUUCUCCCCACCACCACCACAAGCGCACCCGGUCACCCGCACCCACCUCCCCGCGGUCAAGGCCUCUUCCUUAUAACGCCCGCUCCCUCUCCCUGCACGACCUGACAACCUACACUCCCCUAUUCGCACUAUAUCUUGAUAUCCAGAAAGACAUCAUCCUCGAAAACUUGGAAGACAAAGAAAUCAGAGGACGGUGGAAAAGCUUUGUUGGGAAAUGGAAUCGUGGAGAAUUGGCUGAAGGAUGGUAUGAUCCAAAGACACUGGAGAAGGCAAAUGUAUCUGCGCAGAGCGACCCUGAGGCGCAGACGAGGGUAAACCGGCCGGAUACGACAUCGUCGGGCCGGAAGCUACACCCUCGAGAAGACUACGAUGGCGCCGACAAUCCUGCGUCAGAUGACGAAUACGGACCUUUUCUACCGACAUCCGCAUCCAUUGCAUCGUACAACGAUCAAGGUGGAGCUCAGGAUCAUUCCAACACGCUGUCAAGAGCGCCUGGUCCCAUGACCCCUUCGCUGACAGACCUUCGCGACCGAGACGAACAUUCCCUCGAGGAGGCUGCCUCAGCGAAGAAGAGGUACAUAGAAGGUAUCCGCGAAGAUCGCCGUAUCGACAGGAAACAGCAGAAGGAGAGGUUGGACGAGCUGGUACCACGGGCCGAAGCUGGCACACGCGAACGGCAACUCGAAAAGAAGCGCGAAAAGGCCGACUCCAUCCGUGCGUUCGCCGCAGGUAAAGAAGCAGCCGGUAAAGUGGAACUACGGGACGCAGACGUCAUGGGCGACGAGGAUAGUCUCGGUGAAUUGAAGAGGAUGAAGAUGGAGAAUCAGAGGAAGAAAAACGAGCGGGAAUUGAGGAAGGAGGAGAUUCUGCGGGCAAGACGCGCGGAGAUGGAGGCCCGGUUGCAGGCUGCGAAGGAGCGGGAGGAGAAGACCAUGAGUCUGUUCCGGGAGAUUGCACGGCAGCGGUUUGGAGGCGGCGGCGACAACAGAGAUGAAUGA